AUGGAGCUGCUGCCCCGCAGCCCCGCCGAGUUCGGGGCCGCGCCCUACUGGGACCGCUUCUUCCGCCAGCGCGGGCAGCGAGCCUUCGAGUGGUACGGGGCCUUCCCGGAGCUCUGCCCCGUCCUGCACAAGUACGUGCGGCCCCGCGACAAGGUUCUCGUGGUGGGCUGUGGGAACUCGGAGCUGAGCGAGCAGAUGUACGAUGUGGGGAUGUGCGAGGACAUCGUGAACAUCGACAUCAGCGACGCUGUGAUCCGCCAGAUGCGGGAGCGGAGCGGGAGCAGGAGGCCAAAGAUGAGCUACCUGCUCAUGGACGUGCUUCAGAUGGACUUCCCUGACGCCCACUUCCAGGUGGUCCUGGACAAAGGCACGCUGGAUGCCCUCCUUACUGAUGAGGAGGAGGCCACUCUGGCCAAAGUUGACCAGAUGUUUGCUGAGAUCAGCCGGGUCCUGCAGGUGGGAGGGCGCUACCUCUGCGUGUCCUUGGCCCAAGCCCACGUGCUGACGAAAGCGGUGCAAUACUUCUCCCAGGAAGGCUGGGUGGUGCGCGUCCAUCAGGUGGCCGGCAGCGGGGACAACCAGCAGUUCGUCCUACCGGUCUUUGUCUAUGUCAUGACAAAGUUCAGGAAGAUCCCUGGCUCGGCACCACAGAUCCUGGAGAUCUGCCCCGAGGAGCAGGACAAGCCGAUGCGGGUGGAGAGCGUGGAGCGGCUGGUGGCAGCGGUGAAGGACAGGCAGCACUAUGCCCUGCUCUGCAGCCAGCUGAGCAAAACCCCCUGCAGGGAACAGGUUUCCCUGGAUCUGUGUGACAAGGAGAGCGGGAAGCCUCGCUACACACUGCACGUGGUCGACAGCCCCUCGGUGAAACCUUCCCGGGAAAACCGCUUUGCCAUCUUCAUCAUUCCCCAGGGCAGAGAAACCGAGUGGCUCUUUGGCACGGAGGAGGGGCGGAGGCAGCUGGCCACCAGCGCGGGCUUUGGGCGCCUGGUCACCGUGGCCCUUCACAGGGAGCAGCACUACGAGGGCAUGGCUGGCAUCCAGGCAGAGCUGUCAGGGAAGGUGAUGGAGCUGGCCCCGCCGGGCCUCCCUGCCCGGCAGCAGGUGCCCUUCCUGUCCGUGGGAGGGGACAUCGGGGUGCGGACGGUGCGGCACCGCGACACCAGCCCCCUGAGCGGGGAGUAUGUGGUGGAGGAUGUGAAGGGAGACGGCACCUGCUACUUCCGCCGCCUCAUCUUCCUCCGCAACAGGAACGUGGUGCAGUCGGAGGCCCGGCUCCUGGCUCCCACUCCUCUCCCAGGCCAGAAGAAACGGAGGAAGGACAAGAAGAAACCCAGCCCUGCUGAGCCACCUGGAGCCAUCGACAAGAGCUACCUGUGCUGUGAGCACCACAAGGCCAUGGUCGCAGGGCUCUGCCUGCUGGGGGGCCCCGACCCCCUCCCAGGAGCUUCACUGGCAGUGCUGGUGGUUGGGCUUGGUGGUGGCAGCCUGCCCCUCUUCAUCCAUGACUACUUCUCACAGGCCCGUGUGGCCGUGGUGGAGAUUGACCCCUCCAUGCUGGAGGUGGCCACGCGCUGGUUCGGCUUCUCCCAGGGCGACCGGAUGCAAGUGCACAUCUCCGAUGGCCUGGACUACGUGGCCAAGCUGGCGGCUGAAGCCCCAGCCCAGUAUGAUGCCAUCAUGUUCGAUGUGGACAGCAAAGACCUCACGGUGGGGAUGAGCUGCCCACCCCCAGCCUUUGUGGAAAAGCCCUUCCUGCAGAAAGUUAAAACCAUCCUCAAGCCAGAAGGAAUCUUUGUGCUCAACCUGGUGUGCCGUGACGCCCGGCUGAAGGAGUCUGUCCUGGCCACCCUCAGGGAUGUCUUCCCGCUGCUCUACACGCGUCGCAUCGAAGGGGAGGUCAACGAGAUCCUGUUCUGCCAGCCCAGCCCCGAGGGCCGGCGGGACCCCGCGGAGCUGGGGGCGCGUGCCCGGGCGCUGGAGGGGGCCCUGCGGGAGCCGGGGCGCCCCUGGGACAGCUCGUACGUGCUGGCAGACAUGCUGCAGGCCGUCAGGAUCCUCUGACAGGGGCUCCUCAGGACGGGCUGACAUGCUGCUCGAGAGAGUGCUCCCCGUGUGCGUGCCUU